GCGGGCCCGUCGGAGCGAGGCCGAGCCGGACGCAGCCGCGGCCCUCUCCGCUGCCCAGCCAGGAUGUUUUCGGCCCUGAAGAAGUUGGUGGGCUCGGACCAGGCCCCGGGCCGGGACAAGCCCAUCCCGGCGGGGCUGCAGUCCAUGAACCAGGCGCUGCAGAGGCGCUUCGCCAAAGGCGUGCAGUAUAACAUGAAAAUUGUCAUCCGAGGGGACAGAAACACUGGCAAGACCACUCUGUGGCAUCGGCUCCAAGGGAAGAAGUUUGUUGAGGAGUACAUUCCGACUCAGGAGAUCCAAGUCACCAGCAUCCACUGGAAUUAUAAAACCACAGAUGACAUUGUGAAAGUUGAAGUCUGGGAUGUCGUAGACAAAGGUCAAAAAAUCCACCUCCGUGACUCCUUGGGAAAAUGCAAGAAACGAGGGGAUGGCUUGAAACUGGAGAAUGACCCUCAGGAGGCGGAGUCGGAGAUGGCUCUGGAUGCAGAGUUCCUGGAUGUGUAUAAGAACUGCAAUGGCGUCGUGAUGAUGUUCGAUAUCACCAAGCAGUGGACCUUUAACUAUAUCCUGAGAGAACUUCCGAAAGUACCGAACCAUGUUCCUGUGUGUGUGCUGGGGAACUACCGGGACAUGGGUGAGCACCGGGUGAUCCUGCCGGAUGACGUGCGGGAGUUCAUCGACAACCUGAACCGGCCUCCUGGCUCCUCAUACUUCCGCUACGCCGAGUCGUCUAUGAAGAACAGCUUUGGCCUCAAAUACCUGCACAAGUUCUUCAACAUCCCUUUCUUGCAGCUGCAGAGAGAGACGCUGCUGCGGCAGCUGGAGACGAACCAGCUCGACAUCGACGCAACGCUGGAGGAGCUCUCGGUGCAGCAAGAGACCGAAGACCAGAACUACGAAAUCUUCUUGGAGAUGAUGGAGGCCCGCAGUCGCGGCCCGGCCACGUCCCCGCUUGCCGCCAAUGGGCAGAGCCCCUCCUCAGGCUCCCAGUCGCCCGUGGUCCCUCCGGGCAACACCUCCGGAAGUUCCAGUCCUGGCACCCCCCAGCCACCGCCUCCCUUGCCCCAGCAAAGCGCCGGCCACCCAGCCGCUCCCCCAGAGUCCCUCCUGCCUCAGCCUCCCGCGCCCCUGCCCGAGCCCUCGGCAGCCGUCAGCCCCGCCGCCGCAGCCCCUCCGACCCAGAAGCGGAGCAUCAUCUCUCGGCUCUUUGGGACGUCGCCGGCCCCGGAGGCUCCCCCACCCCUGCCAGAUGCUGGCAUCACUGCUCCCUCCGCCCUGCCUUCGAAAGUGCAGAGCGUGGAGGACUUUGUCCCCGAAGACAGUCUGGACCGCAGCUUCCUAGAGGACCCUGCACCGCCGAAGGAGAGGGAGAGGCUCACUGCCAAGGGCCGUGGGGACAGCGACAGUGACCGGGAAGCCCCCGGGGGGAACCCCCUCGUGGCCAGCUUUCAAGAAGACCUGGAUGCAGAGGACCAUGUGCCCAGCAAGCCCCCUCUGGGGGCAGAGCUGGUCCCAAGCCAGAACGUUGCGCUGUUGAGCGAGGAGGAGUCCGGAGAGGAGCCGGAGGCCAGGCUCAGCACCGUGGCGGAGGAAGACACCGACCCGGAGCCGGGGGCCAAGCGAGCUACCAAAAAGUCGUCAAAAUUCCACAAACCAGUAGCAUCUAUCAAGGCAGCUGACCUGAUGGCUCCCACCAGCUUCCCUGCCCCACUGGGGCUGGAGCCAGGCGGGAGCACCCAGCUUCCCGUGGCAGCUGCAGCCCCGGGCACCCCUGCCCCAGUGGCCGUGGCGGCAGCGGCAGCCCGGCCCCCAAACGCUGGACCCCAAAGCCAGGCUUCCGUGCCCAAGCAGAAGAGGGACAAGCAGGAGGAAUCGGAGAGCGACCCCGAGGGACCGAUCGCCACCCAGAUGCUCUCCUUUGUCAUGGAUGACCCAGACUUCGAAAGCGAGGAGUCGGACAACCAGAGAAAGAGAAGCGACGAAUUCCCCGUGCGAGAGGACCUCUCCGACAUCUCUGACGAAGAAGCCCCCCCCAACGCCCCCCCGGCCGCCAAGCCCGUGUUGCACUCCUUCAAGCCGAAGAAUGACUCCGAUCUCUUUGGGCUGGGCCUGGUCGAGCCGGGCCCCAGGGGCAGCAGCGAGGAAGAUAAGCCAUCUUCCAAGGAGAAGAAGACGAAGAAGAAGAAGAAGAAGAGCGGCAAGGAGGAGGAAGAGAAGGCCGCAGCGAAGAAGAAGAGCAAACCGAAGAAGAGCAGGGAGCAGGACGAGGGCAAAGACGAGAAGGAGCGGAAGCGGAAGAAGAAGCAGCCGCGAGGCAGAGAGAGGAGCAGCGAGAUAGACGAGCUGGAGGCCUUUCUCGGGGGCAGGGCAGGAGCCGGCAAGCAGCAGGGGGGUGGAGACUAUGAGGAGCUGUAGCCCCCCGCUGUGCCGACGUCCUGGUGGUCAGCUGCCGGUGGCUGCUCUCAAGCUGGACCCUGGCCGGGAGGCGGAUGGGCGAAGCUGCCGUGGCUCCUUCCUGCCACCCGGACCGACUGCACCCCACGGACAGGUGGGAUCCAGAGGGGCGCUUGCUGCCUCCUCCGGGCUCCUGGCCCGGCCGGGCACCUUCUCUGCUGAGGCCGGGGCUCAGCAGAGGGAGGCGGACGAGGGGCCCCUGGGGCCAGACUGCUUCUCUCCGGAGCGAGGAGGCCGUUCGUGGAGGCACGCUGCUCUUUGUGCUCCGGAGAUCACCAAGCCUGACGACGGAGCCUUGCUGUUUUUUACCAGAGCUGUGGGCUGGUGGGGCGAGUCCUCCUCCGGGACCUUGUGGGGAGAAUUGUGGUGCUGAGCUCAGCUGCAGGGUUACAGCUGGGGAGGCCAAGGGCAGGCCGGGCGGGGCGACCACCCUGUGGGGCAGCCCGGCCGUCCUCUGGCUGGGGGCACAGAGACCCCUCUGGCUCGUGUGGCUCCAGGCGUCACACCGCUUAGAAGCUGCUGUGCAGUUCGGGAAGGAGAGCCGGGGCCCCACUCGGAGCCAGUGCGGGAGGGGAGGGCCGCCUGCCGCGCCUCCCCUCGGCUGGCCUCUCGCUGUCCCGGGCAGCCGCCGACUGCGGCCAAGUGCCUCUCAGGGACCCGGCUUGGCGGAGGCGUGGAGGGGCAGGGACGGCGCUCUGUGGGGCAGGAGGGCCCCGGGACGGCCGCCGCCGCAGCUCCUCGGCCCGUGCUUCCGCUCCUACUGGCCCCGCCACUGGGAGGGUGGCCCCUCCUGGCCCAGAGCCCAGGGGGUCCUCUCCCCUCCUGCACGCACGGCUGGAAGCGCCACCCGUCCUGGCUGUGCAGAAUUGUGGCCCUCCCUCCCUGUCUGUCUGCCCGCCCGCCCGCCUUGGUGUUUCCGCGGUGGUUCCUUCCAGCAGGCCCCCUCCCUCUGCGCAGGCCUCCGCAUUGCCGUGCUGCCCCCCCCCCCCCCCCCCCCGGCCAGCUUCGAGAGACCCCGGCUGAUCCUUCCAGGGCAUCCCGUCGCCCUUGUGCUGCCGUGUGCGGAUUGGACUCGGGCUGCUGCAACAUUCCCCCGGCCCCCGGCCCCCGAGUGACUCCCAAGCUGUGCUCGCCUGUGGCCGCUGCUCCGGAUCCAGGCUCCUCUUCAGCGUUGCCUCGGUAGGUAGGGAAGUGCCCCCUCGCGAGGAGCCCCCCUGCAUGAACGGAUCGCCAUCUCAGGUAUCCCAUCAGGCCGUCCUCCCCUGGUCCCCGGUUCCAUGCGCUGCUCUGCUCGCGGGAAGGAGGGGGCGUGGAGCGCGCCCCUGGCGCCUUCGCCCCCAGGAGGAGGCACGCCCAGGACCCCCUCCCCGGCACGUCCCCGCGCUGCUCCCCUGGCACCGUGCGCCCGCUGCUCCUGGUCCGGCUCCACGCAAAGUCCCCUGGUUGCAGCCUCUCUCGCUUUUUCCUUGGUCCUUUUUUCCCCUCCUUCCCGUUUUUGCUGGGGGGGAAAUGCCCCAGCGGCGCAUUCCUCCAUUCCAACUUAUAAAGCUCUCAGUUGUACA